AACGUAGUCCAACACCGAAAAAGUCCAGACUUUCGAGCGGAGCGCGGAGCCCACCAGUUGCAGAGACACCCCCCUCCCCGCCCCGAGACUCCCGGGAAUUCCAGGGCGCAAUGAUCGCACGCCUUUGGUGGAGGGGUUGCAGCUGGUUGUCCUUCAAGACGCCGAAGAGCCGGGUAAUGGUCCUCUGAGAGCGAGGUGAGAUCGCGGAAGGAAGGAGAGCCCAAGCCGAGGAAAUAGUCGCAAACCUGGGCCGGGGAGAGCAGAAAAGGGAACCGGAAGUCGGGUGCGGGCCGAGGAGGCAAACGGAAGAAUCCUGGCUCGGGACUCUUCCCUUUUCCAAAAGAAGAGCUCAUAAGAGAAGUUUCAUCUCUUGCAAAUAUCAAAGCCAUGCCUCAGGAUGAACUAGACUAUGCCCUUACAGGGAUCAGUGUCAUUCAAGGAUGUGACUGUGGACUUCAGCCAGGAGGAGUGGCAGCAACUGGAUCCUGCUCAGAAGGCCCUCUACAGGGAUGUCAUGUUGGAAAACUAUUGUCACCUCAUCUCUGUAGGAUUUCACAUGACUAAGCCUGAUAUGAUCCACAAGUUGGAACAAGGAAAAGAACUAUGGACAACAGAGAAAAUUUUUCCAAGUCAGAGUUACCUCGAAGAAGAUUGGAAAGCUGAAGAUGUUUUAGUGAAGUUCAAAGAAUACCAAGACAGGCAUUCUAGAUCAGUUGUAUCCAUCAACCACAAAAGGCUAAUGAAGGAGAGAACUAAUAUUUUGGGGGAAACAUUUACUCUCAGCAAGAACCGUAUUAUUUCAAAAACAACACUACAUGAAUAUAAACCUGAUGGAAAGAUUUUUAAAAAUAUUUCAGAAUUAGUCAUUAGAAAUAUAAGUCCUGUAAGAGAGAAGUUUGGUGAGAGUAAUGGAUGGGAGAAAUCACUCCUUAAUACUAAACAUGAGAAAAUUCAUACUGCAGUGAAUCUCUAUAAACAAACAGAGCGGAGUCUGAGUGGUAAACAAGAGCUUAUUCAACAUCAGAAGGUUCAAACUCCAGAGCAAUCAUUUGAACAUAAUGAAUGUGAAAAACCCUUCCUUAUGAAAGGAAUGUUAUUUACACAUACUAGAGCUCACAGAGGAGAAAGACCCUUUGAAUACAAUAAAGAUGGAACAGGCUACGUCGAAAAGUCAAAUCUCAAUGUUCACCAACAAAAUAUUAUGGAGAAGAAGGCCCAUGCAUACAGCAAAUAUGGGAAGUUCCUCUGUAGGAAGUCCAUUUUUAUCAUGCAUCAGAGAUCUCAAACAGAAGAGAAACCCUUUCAGUGUCCUUACUGUGGGAAUAGCUUUAGAAGGAAGUCAUAUCUCAUUGAACAUCAGCGAAUUCACACAGGUGAGAAACCUUAUGUUUGUAGUCAAUGUGGAAAAGCCUUCCGUCAAAAGACAGCCCUCACUCUUCACGAGAAAACACAUAUAGAGGGGAAACCCUACAUUUGUAUGGAUUGUGGGAAGUCCUUCCGCCAGAAGGCAACCCUUACUAGACAUCACAAAACACAUACAGGAGAGAAGGCCUAUGAAUGUACUCAAUGUGGAAGUGCUUUUAGAAAGAAAUCAUACCUCAUUGAUCAUCAGAGAACACACACAGGAGAGAAACCAUAUCAAUGUAAUGAAUGUGGGAAGGCAUUUAUCCAGAAGACAACCCUCACUGUACAUCAGAGAACUCACACAGGAGAGAAACCCUAUAUUUGCAAUGAAUGUGGGAAGUCCUUCUGCCAAAAGACAACCCUCACUCUCCAUCAAAGAAUUCACACAGGAGAAAAACCCUAUAUUUGUAAUGAAUGUGGGAAGUCCUUCCGCCAGAAGGCAAUCCUCACUGUUCAUCAGAGAAUACAUACAGGAGAGAAAUCCAAUGGAUGUCCUCAAUGUGGGAAAGCCUUUAGUAGGAAAUCAAACCUCAUUCGCCAUCAGAAAACUCACACAGGAGAGAAACCAUAUGAAUGUAAAGAAUGUGGAAAGUUCUUCAGCUGUAAGUCAAACCUCAUUGUCCAUCAGAAAACUCACAAGAUAGAAACCGUGGGAAUUCACUAAAAUCUGUGACUUUUUUGGUGAAAACUUUUAAAGUCAUAGUAAACCCUGUACAUGAUGUUGCUUGCAAGUGUAAUAAUAUUAAACAGUUUAAGGUACUGUACCACAUAUUUACCUACUAUUUGCUAGCCUAUAAAACACAUAAAAAGAAUUACUGGACAAAUUAAAUGAUAAAAGUCAUUGAAAAUACAAGCUUAAAUUUUUAUUAGAUUCACCAGACAUAAAUUCCUCUAUCAAGUUGCUAUAAACAUUUUAAAUUGCUUAUUUUAAAUUUUAAUAUAUACCUUGUUGUGACCCAGUAAUAAACAGUAGGCUGCCUGGCAGUGGUCCAUGGACCACACUGUGAACAGAACUACUUUAAAAGAAAGGUGGUGUGACUGUAUUUCUCAUUGCAAACAUGGUAUAAAAGUUGUUACCUCCUCAGAGUUAACCACAGUUCUAACUUCUAACAUUAUAGUUUUUGCAUAUUAUAAACCUUUAUAUAAAGUAAAUUAUACAUGUAUUCUUUUAUAUAUGGCUUGUUUCAUCCAUCACUCUGUCUUUAAAACUCAUCAUUAGUGCA